CCGCAACCGCCGCCGGAAGCGUGAUGUCACCGCAAGGGGUUGUGGGAAGGAGGUCUCUUCCUUUCCGGUGCGGGGAGCCAUCAGGUAGACAAGGAUGGGUGCCUACAAGUACAUCCAGGAGCUAUGGAGGAAGAAGCAGUCGGACGUGAUGCGGUUCCUGCUCCGCGUGCGCUGCUGGCAGUACCGGCAGCUCUCGGCCCUGCACCGGGCUCCGCGCCCCACCCGACCAGACAAAGCUCGCAGGCUGGGAUAUAAGGCCAAGCAAGGCUACGUGAUCUACCGUGUCCGUGUUCGCCGUGGUGGUCGUAAGCGCCCGGUCCCGAAAGGUGCAACCUAUGGCAAACCUGUGCAUCAUGGUGUUAACCAGCUGAAGUUUGCCCGGAGUCUUCAGUCUGUUGCAGAGGAACGUGCUGGCCGUCACUGUGGGGCUCUGAGAGUCUUGAACUCCUACUGGGUGGGUGAAGAUUCCACUUACAAGUUUUUCGAAGUGAUCCUGAUCGAUCCCUUCCAUAAGACCAUCAGGCGCAACCCUGACACCCAAUGGAUCACCAAGCCUGUCCACAAGCACAGAGAGAUGCGUGGGCUGACAUCAGCUGGGCGGAAGAGUCGUGGUCUGGGCAAGGGCCACAAAUUCCACCACACCAUUGGUGGCUCACGUCGUGCUGCCUGGAGAAGGCGCAAUACCCUGCAGCUGCACCGCUACCGUUAAGUCUUGUAAAUGUAACAAUCUAAUAAAGCUGAUGUGGGUUGUUGAAUUUAACAA